ACAAUGGAGAUGGACUGAAAGGAAAGGGUGUAGUUAAGAGAGGAAAUUUCUCAUUGUGCUGCCUUGCUAUGUGCCAAAAUCAGCCAUUGGUUGUGCAGCUAUACGGAAACACACACAGCUUACUUUGCAGUGAAAGGGCUAGGGCAGGAAGGAAAUGAGGAGAGACAGAGAGAGAAAAAGAGACUGAGAGACCGAGAGACAGAGGGGAAAACAGCAGAUUAGGGUCACCGGGGUUUUCCACUGUGUAGGAUCAGAAAAAAACAUGAGAAGUAGGUAAGAGUGAGGAGGGGAAACACAUAGCCACAGACAGUUCAGACAGCAGAAAGAGAGUGGAGAUAGUCAGAAAAGGAGAAAGUUUGAAAGAGAUCGCACCUAAGUGAUGCGCUUUGAGCUGAGAUUAAUUAAAUUACUGUCAUUUUAAAAGGUUAGGAGCAGGUUUGGAGGAAGAGUAUAUACAGGAAGACAGUCAUUGCAGUCUUAAGCUUGGAUCCUAUACACAUACGCCGGUGGAGGACUGUAGUCAAAAGGGCAACAAUUGGCUAAUAUGACCUGCACAAAGAGUAGUAAAGAUGGGACAUGCUGUGAUCGCUGUGCUGCAGGAGAGUACAUGAAAGCUGAGUGUGACAGCUCAAAGGCGACUGAGUGUGCCAAAUGUGAUUGUGGAUUCUACACAGCCACAAAAAAUAACUUGCAUAGAUGUCUGGCCUGCAAGGAGUGCAUUUCCAAAAAACACCAGAGGAAAGUAAAGGACUGUACAAAUCAGGAGAACACAGUGUGUGAGUGUGUGGCUGGUUUCUACUGUAACAAUGAGCAAUGUGACUACUGCCUGCAAGUGUCCCACUGCCCUCCUGGUGAAGGGGUCAAGGUUCCAGCCACUCGCAUGAAUGACACAAUCUGUCAUCCGUGUGGAGACAAGACCUACAGCAACGUAACAGAUUUCCUCUCGCCCUGUAAAACACACACCAGAUGUGAGGACUUCGGAAGACUAUUGAAUACUCCAGGAACCCAAACAACUGAUGCCAUCUGCGGCAACUUUAAAUCUCAUUUUCCCUGGAUAUUACCCGCAGGCUUGUGGUCAGGACUCGUGUUGACUGCACUCGUCCUUUUUGGUCUUGUCUGCUGGAGGGCAAAACGCAAGUCAAACAAAGCAGCCGGCUCCAAUGUUCCCGUUACUCUGGUUGAAAGGCUUCCAGCCACACCGAUCACUUCGCUGGAUCUGCCUUUACCGUUCACAGAGCUGAAUGGUCACUGCCAAGAGAACUGCAUCGUGGAGUGCUACAAGUUGCCGCUUUUUAACACAGAUUAUCUUCCUCAGGUCAGUGGCGUCACACAAGACAACAUGGACAGCUUCCUUCCUACAACUCCACUGAAGCCUUCGGUUUCAUUCGCUGAAUCCAGCCACACCAAUGGAAGUGCCGGAUACUGCACCAGCAACUUCCUCAGGAGCUACUCGGAGCCACAGGAGGACGAGUGGUGUGGGACAUAAUCAAGCAGACGUUGAUGUAACAGUAUACUGAUGGAGCUCGGAGUCCCCCUCCAGUUUGGGGAUGCUGCAACUAGUUUUCAAACUUCAAGCUGGACCUAUUUAUACCCCAAAAAACUAAAGACUAAGGUUUGUCUUCUCUAGAAGAGAUGAAGAUGGCUGGUGGUUUGCUACCCCCUGCAGGACUUUAACAAGAGGUUCCACUCAAGUGAUGUGAUAUUUCUGUUAUACAUGUACAAUAAAGCAAACAGCUAGAAGGUAUUUUCCAAAACACUGAUGGAGAUGUACUUGUACUUUUAGUCCUUUUUAAAUUUGAAUGUGAGUCUUGGAUAGAAGCUUACCAAUUAUAUGCACUGCUGUCUGUGUUUUUAGCUACAGCUCAGUGGUGUCUAUUAGAUAAUAAGUUUAUAUGUAUAAUGCUAUAUUUUUCUUACUUUUCUUUUUCUGACAAAUCCCAUGAAAAGGCCAAACCAACAAUGAAUAUAUCCUUCCAGCAACUAUGUAUGUGUAGUCAAAGCAGUGUAUUAUUCUUUAUGGAGCUCCAGUGCCGUCUAAACACACACUGAGUGACAAGGUGCACUGUUGUCCGUUACUUCAUUACCAGGAACUGUAUUUAAUUCUGCUGCUAUAAACAUGUCCGGUAACGCAUCCAAUCCACAGCAGAAAAUAGCCCCCAACCAAUGCUGUAUUUACUCCUGUUUCAGUAACUACUGCUAAAAAAAAAAGAUUUUGUGGCUUAACCUUUAAAGUAAAUCACGUAUUUUGAAAUUAUAUUUUA